UGCUAGCUGAGGGAGGGCACGCGGUCUCUGUGCCCAGGCAGCUGCCGUGAGCUCACGCCCUGAAAUAGCCCCGGGGGCCCCAGCCGCAGCUGCCGCUGGGCCCGCCUGUCACUCAGAGGAAGCGCUGAGCCCCCGGCCCAAGGGUCUUGUAGCCUCUGCUGACCAAGGUUUUUACAGCCCGCAGUGAGCCAGUUUUGCUUCCGACGGCUGGCUGGGGAAGAAGGAGGCGGGGCCGGGAUCCGAGGGGGCGGACCCGAGGGGUGGGCGCAAAGGGCGGCCGCGCCCCAAGACCGGGCAGUGCGUCUGCCCCUACAAGGUUUGGGCCUUGGUGGGGGAGGGUCCUGGUCCCCCGGCUCCGCCCGGCUUCUCCCCGCCUUUUAGGCGCCCGCGCUGCUGGGACAUCACAGUCCCUCUUGAUCCUCCUAACCUGUCCCGGGUGCAUCAGUGCUCUCGGCUAGCCCGGUCUACCUACUCUUCACCGCUCGCCCGCCGGCCCACUCCCCACCGCAGCCAUGGACGCCAUCAAGAAGAAGAUGCAGAUGCUGAAACUGGACAAGGAGAAUGCCAUCGACCGCGCAGAGCAGGCCGAAGCCGACAAGAAGCAAGCUGAAGACCGAUGCAAGCAGCUGGAGGAAGAGCAGCAGGCCCUCCAGAAGAAACUGAAGGGGACAGAGGAUGAGGUGGAAAAGUAUUCCGAGUCUGUGAAGGAUGCCCAGGAGAAACUGGAGCAGGCCGAGAAGAAGGCCACCGAUGCUGAAGCAGAUGUGGCUUCUCUGAAUCGACGCAUUCAGCUCGUAGAGGAGGAGUUGGAUCGGGCACAGGAGCGCCUGGCUACAGCCUUGCAAAAGCUGGAGGAGGCUGAGAAAGCCGCUGAUGAGAGCGAGAGAGGAAUGAAGGUCAUUGAGAACCGGGCCAUGAAGGAUGAGGAGAAGAUGGAGCUGCAGGAGAUGCAGCUGAAAGAAGCCAAGCACAUCGCUGAGGACUCAGACCGCAAAUACGAGGAGGUGGCCAGGAAGCUGGUGAUCCUGGAAGGAGAGCUGGAGCGCUCUGAAGAGAGAGCCGAGGUGGCUGAGAGCCGAGCCAGGCAGCUGGAGGAGGAGCUUCGAACCAUGGACCAGGCUCUCAAGUCGCUGAUAGCCUCAGAGGAGGAGUAUUCCACCAAAGAGGACAAAUACGAAGAAGAGAUCAAACUUCUGGAGGAGAAGCUGAAGGAGGCUGAGACCCGAGCAGAGUUUGCUGAAAGAUCUGUGGCAAAGUUGGAGAAAACCAUCGAUGACCUGGAAGAUGAAGUCUAUGCACAGAAGAUGAAGUACAAGGCCAUCAGCGAGGAGCUGGACAACGCGCUCAAUGACAUCACUUCCCUCUGAGUUCCCACUGUGGCCAUCGCAGGCCCCUUUCUUCUUUUUCCAUUCUCUCUGAGGGGAGGGGGCAGCCAGGAGGAGCACAAACUGGCCAUGUUGCACAGCCAGUCUGAGGGCAGCCUGAGGAACACGCCUGCCACCCCUGCCACCCACUCUGGCACUGGCUUUCUCCUGUCAUCUAUCCACCGUCCACUGACUUCCACCCCUCCUCUACUUAAUAAACUCUGAACUUGGUCUCCAUGCUGUUUUCCUCCAGAGAGCUCUUCCUCACUCUCGAAGCACUGGCUCACUCCUGAGGCCCUGGCUUUUACUGCCACCCUCAAUCUGUGCUGCUCAGCGCUUCGCAGUCAGCCCUCCUCCCUCAGCACACGGUGGCUCACACAGACCCUUCUGCAUGGCACUCCCAGCCUGUCGCUUUGAUAAUCACUGCAUGUAGCUGUACACACCUUCCCUCCCCUCUCAGCAGUCCAUCACAAGCCUUUGCACACCAACCUGGGGUUCCAGGAUCUGAGGGAAUGGCUGAAAGGGAAGUGGGGUGCUGGGUCAGGGGAGGGGGCCAGAAGGUCAGGAAAGGUCUGGAGUGAAGGUCGUUAAAAUAUUGGAUCGCUUCAAGAGGGGCUUUCACAGCAGCUGCAGGUCUGUUUUCUGUCCCAAUUCUGUCUGUCUGACCUUCCCUUUCCUGGCUGAACCUUUGUGUUUCCUUUUGUUUCCAACUGUCCUAACCUUCUAAAAGAAGGCACCCCAUUUACAAUACAGGUCUCCCCAUCCCAUUGUUACUACCCCAGCCGAAGCCUGGAGCAAAAGAAGCCUGGAGCAAGAUUUGCGUCUAGGCAAUCCACCCAUCUGCCCCUACCAUAGGCCCCAGGUCCAUAAACCACAGGCCCCAGGUCUCCUAACAUACCCCAGGUCUCCUAACACACCCCAGGUCUCCUAACACGUCCCAGGUCCAUAAAGUGUCUCUAACAUGUUUUUUGUCUGUGUCACCUGAACCUGUCCAUGUUUACCCUCCCCCACCUCACCUGCUGCUUCCCCUCACAGAGACUUUGGCUAGUGCCAAGGAAGAGAACGUGGAGAUUCACCAGACCUUGGACCAGACCCUUCUGGAACUCAACAACCUGUAAGGGCUGGCCCUGCUACCUGCCGACCAGACUACAUAGAUGCCUCCUCAGGCCAAUAAACGGAUGUCUCUGGCA